GGACACUGACUCAAUUAUAGACAUUCUAGGGUCCUGUUAGGAUUUUGGGUCUGUUUUAUGUCUCUUUGUUUUUGCUGUAAAUAUGGUUUCAAUAAAACCCAUGCACAGACUUGUCAAUAUAUAAAAAUGUUACCUUUUCAGAAUUUUCUUUUGUUUCGAAUCCCAUGUUUUGGAUUAUGUACGAAAGGGGAGCCUUGGAGUGACUGGUGAAGUUGUUGUCAUGUGACUAGGAGGUCAUGGGUUCAAGCCUUGGAAACAGCCUCUGACAGAAAUGCAAGGUAAGGCUGCGUACAAUGUACAUUACACCCUUGUGGUGGGCCCUUCCCUGGACCCUACGCAUUGUACGUACAAUGGGCUGCCCUUUUUUCCGAAAGAAGAAAUAAUAUGAUGAGCUAAACAUAUUAAAAAAAUUAGAUUUGACUAUCUUGGUGUUUAUUUUAAUACCAUAUUUUAUCCAUCCUUAAUUUAUCUGUAAACUGAGGUACCUGAUAGUUUACCAAGGAAACAUGUAUAUCUCAACCAAAAAAAAAAAGUUAAUUAUUGCAUGAAUUCUAGUGAACUUUUACAACGAACCUAUCGAUACUUCAUCUCUAUUUGAUUCUGUAUAAUGACAUGACCUUUUUUCCAUGUCCGACUAUUUUGACUUCAAUUUGAUGUCACCAGUUCCGCCUCAUUGUCAGUUCAGUUGUGGUUUAGCACUACCUCUAUGGAUCUUAAUGAUCUGAACAAGGUCUGGGAAGUCAAACCUUUGAAGAAGGUGCGUGAUGAUGAGGCAAGGGAAAUUCUUGAAAAUGUAGCAAAACAGGUGCAACCUAUAAUGCGCAAACGGAAAUGGAAAGUUAAGGUGCUCUCUGAAUUUUGUCCUGCCAACCCAUCUCUUUUGGGACUCAACAUAGGAGGAGGUGCUGAGGUUAAGCUUAGAUUGCGCCGACCAAACAAUGAGUGGGACUUUUUCCCUUAUGUUCAAAUUCUCGACACUAUGCUUCAUGAGCUCUGCCACAAUGAAUAUGGCCCACAUAAUGCUGACUUUUAUAACCUAUUGGAUGAAAUCAGGAAGGAAUGUGAGGACCUUAUGGCUAAAGGAAUUACAGGUACUGGACAAGGUUUUGAUCUCCCAGGGAAGCGGUUGGGUGGGUUUUCUCAUCAACCUCCGUUGUCAUCAUUGCGUCAGAAAGCACUGGCUGCUGCAGAAAAUAGAGCACGCAUGGAAGUACUUUUGCCAUCGGGGCCUAAGCGUCUCGGGGGUGAUAGUAGCAUCAAGGCUGCACUCACCCCAAUUCAAGCUGCUGCGAUGGCUGCAGAAAGGAGAUUACACGAUGAUCUGUGGUGUGGGUCCAAAUUGUUAGAGAGUGAGGGGCCUUCUGAAAGCUCCAAAGCUUCAGCAAUACCAGAGUCUGGACAUAUUUCAGUUAUAGGAUCCGAUUCUAAGAUAAUGUGGGAAUGUUGUGUGUGCACUUUAUUGAACCAGCCCCUAGCCCUUCUUUGUGGAGCUUGCAGAACCCCAAAGGCCAGAGCAAAGGCAGCAAAAGAAUGGUCUUGCAAGUUUUGCACAUUGCAUAAUAGCACUGAGGUCGAACGGUGCUUAGCUUGUGGAGAGUGGAGAUACUCUUAUGGCCCACCUGUUUCAAUGAGGGAUCCUCGUAUUGGCACCUAAAGCGCGCAAGAAGCAAAGAAUUUUACAGAUAUUACAGGUCAGACUUGAAUGAUUUAAUAUAUAGUAAAAAUGUGGUUUGGCCGUUCUGCUCCAGAACCAUCUGUGAAGUUGUUAAUAUGAUGAAUGAGUUGGUAACUCAUGUUUGUCCUAUGAUGUUGAGAGAAUGAUAAGUAAAGUAAUUAAAGUAUUGAUGUAGUUGGUAUAAGAAUAUUUUUUUUUUC